AUGGCAUGUGGCUUCUUGGUGCCGUGCGUGGCGGGUAUGCCCGGGUUUUCGGCUGGCCGGUUUCCUUUGCCUCAAAGCGGUGCUACUACCAUCGGCAGAAAAGCUACAUGCUCAAUUGUGUGCCAGGACGAGACGGUGAGCGGCCUGCACUGCACCGUUUUCAGCGAUCUGGCGGUCACUCCACGAGUCGAACUGGAGGAUGUCAGCACGAACGGCACUUUCCUGGAUGACAUCAAGCUGCAAAAGGGUGUCAUGGUUCCGCUGGCGGCUGGUGCCGUGAUUCGUCUGGGUGCAAGGAUCCGAUUCCGGCUGCAGCUGUGCACUGAGCCGCUUGUCCUCACGAGUCGAACUAGGCUUGAGGGCGCUGAUGACCUGCGAUGGCAUGGGACGAAAGCAGGUCGCCGGCAGAGACUCCUGAACCUCGCAACUCCAAUCGGCAGGCGGUUCCAGCUAUCGGAAGGGUGGCCCCCAAUUCUGCAGUUUCAGUGGACGGUUCUCGUCAUUUCCUCUAUGUUUGCUUGUGUUCCUUGCCUUGAUGUCUACACUCUUUAUGCUGGCUGUUGUAGAUAA